AUGUCCGACCUUCUCGAAGUCCUCCCUGAAUUUCACCUCAAACCACACUCGCAUCUUCUGCAUUCUCUGGAGAAAAAUGACAUUACUGUCGCCGACUUGAUCACUCUCGAUCCGAAAGAGAUUGCCAGAAAAUGCCCUCUUCCUGCGGCCGACGUCCAGAGAUUGGUAGAAGACGUCAUACAAGCUCUGCAACGUGACACACUGCAAGGAGUAAAGAAGCGCAAGAUAAAAGCCGCGAAAGCAGACAAGACAGCAGAUGAUGGACCAGAAUCGCACGAGUUCGAAACGGACUUGCCACAGAAAUUCAGGACUUUGGAUCCGCGUAUAGAUCAAGCAUUGAAUGGAGGAUUCUACCCAGGCCACAUUGUAGAGGUGGUUGGAGAGAGCGCUGUGGGAAAGACUCAGUUCGUCCUCGGCCUGCUGCUCUCUGUUCAACUUCCUCCGCCUAAGGGGCUCGGGAAAGGGUCAAUCUACGUCUCAACUGAAGGACCCCUCCAUACCAAGCGACUGAGCCAAAUGCUGCUUCAUCAUCCUGAGUACGACGCCUUGGAGCCUGAGGAAAGGCCUUCACUUGAUCGUGUGCAUACUAUUGCGACAAACGAUUUGGAAGCACAGGAACAUAUCCUUCGGUACCAACUUCCCGUUGCGGUCCAGCGAUUCAAUAUCGGACUGAUCGUCCUAGACUCAGUGGCCGCAAACUUCCGAGCCGAACAUGACACCCGCACAGCGGCUCAACUUGCUGACCGCGCUUUUGAGCUGGCCAAAUUGGGAAACAUUCUGAGGCGGAUCGCUAUCGAGAACAAUUUAGCGAUCGUGGUCACCAAUCAAGUGUCGGAUCGCUUCGAUGAUUCGAAAAAUCUCCUUCAGUCUUCGUCUCCGGCAACACCAUCCUCUCCAGCCGUUCCAGGAGGGCACGCAUCGAUGUCGGCGGUGCUGGAGAGGCGGAGGGAGGUCCAGGGCCUUGACCAUCAACAGCGCUUCUUCACGGGUUGGGGAGACGAGAAAGGAAAGAUGAUGCAUGAACAAUUGAAGACUCCGGCGUUGGGGCUGGCAUGGGCCAAUCAAAUAUCUGCUCGCAUUGUCCUUAAGAUGGAGAGUGAACGACAGGAAUACGCAGGAGGUAACAUCUGGAAAGACAAGAAGAAAAGCCGGACCUUCUCUGUGGUCUUUGCUCCAUGGGCAGGCCCGACCUAUUGCCCGCUUCGAUAUGAAAUUGCAAUGCAGGGUAUUGUCUCGAUCCCAGACAUCGAAAGUCCCAAAGAGGCACUUGCAGCCGUAGAUAAAGAGCACGAGGACCUGUUGAACGAGGCUUUCUGGGCUACAGAUGACGACGAAGAGUUUCCAACAUGA